AUGUCCUUCCAGAGGACAUUGCGUGUGAAGUGGCAGCAUGGGCAGAGCGGACGGAGCCUCCAAGCUGAGCGCAAAGGACCUGUACGCUACAAGAAAAGGGGAAAACAAGAGAGAAGCCAACAUCCCAGAGAAGGCAUUAAAGAGAGCACUGAAAUAAACCACAAAUCAAUUGCAGAACAAAGGAAAAAAUACUCCAAUUCCAAUGUCAUUAUGCAUGAGACUUCACAGUACCACGUGCAGCACUUGGCCACGUUCGUCAUGGACAAGAGCGAGUCCAUCGUGACGGUGGACGACGCUAUUCGAAAACUCAUCUUGCUCAGCUCAAAAGAGAAGAUCUGGACACAGGAGAUGUUGCUGCAAGUGAACGACAAGUCCAUCCGCCUGCUGGACUGCGAGUCGCAGGAGGAGCUGGAGGACUUCCCUCUCCCGACAGUCCAGCACUGCCAAACGGUGCUGAAUCAGAUGCGCUAUUCCUCCAUCCUCCUCCUGGUGUGUCAGGAUUCGGAGCAGCACAAACCUGACAUCCACUUCUUCAACUGUGACGAGGUGGAGGCGGAGAUGGUUCACGAGGACAUAGAAAGUGCCCUGGCAGACCACAAGCAUGGGAAGAAGAUACGGCCACAGACACUCAAAGCAAACCAAGAAAAGAUCAGGCAGAGACAAUCCAUCCUCCCACCGCCACAAGGGCCGGCUCCCAUCCCAAUCCAGCAUGACAUGCGAGGUUCAGCGAUGAACAGGAACCGGGUGGCACCCCCUUCCCAGCACGAUCCAGACUAUGAACGACGAGGCUCCAGCUCUCAUGACCACGAAGAGUCCCGAGCCAUCUUAGCACAGAAGAUUGAAAAAGAAACGCAAAUCCUGAACUGCACUCUGGAUGACAUUGAAAUGUUUGUCGCCAGGCUUCAGAAGGCUGCAGAGGCAUUCAAACAGCUCAACCAAAGGAAGAAAGGGAAGAAGAACAAGAAGAAAGGGCCAGCAGAGGGCAUGCUGACUCUUCGAGCAAGACCCCCAAGUGAGGCCGAGUUCAUCGACUGCUUCCAGAAAACCAAACUGGCUUUUAACCUCUUGGCCAAACUGAGAAAGCACAUCCAGAACCCCAGCGCGUCAGAGUUGGUGCAUUUCCUAUUUGGGCCGCUGGAACUGAUUGUCAAUAGCUGUGGUGGCCCUGAGCUUGCCAGGUCUGUCAUCAGCCCGCUUCUUUCUAAAGACGCCACAGAUUUCCUCAGAGGACACCUGACACCAAAAGAGAUAAACCUCUGGGACUCCUUGGGAGAGACAUGGACCAGAUCCAGAGCUGAAUGGCCCCGAGAAGCAAAUAUCCCCACCUACAUCCCCAAAUUCCGCAACGGCUGGGAACCGCCCUUGGAAAUCUUCCGCGGAGCUCCCUGGGAAAUAGACAUUGGACACUUGCAAGAAGAGCUAUCAUCAGCCAAUGGAUAUCCUUACCGUAACUCCUCACUCAAGCGCAGCCAGACUGCUGAUCAGACACAAGCUGUGGACGCCUUUAAACAGAACGUAACUCAGCAUGUAAAUAGGAAUUUUGAGGCACAGGGAAUGGCUCUGCCGAAGAGAUAUGCCAAAAUCCGCUAUGAUUUCACCGCGCGAAAUGCCAAUGAACUCUCAGUGCUUAAGGAUGAAAUCCUGGAGGUGUUGGAAGAUAAUAAGCAGUGGUGGAAGUUGCUCAACCGAAGCGGGCAGGCUGGUUACGUUCCUUAUAAUAUCCUGGAUGUGGUGAAACUGGAAGAGCUCGAACAGAGGUACAAAGGAGACCUGAGCCCCAGGGGAUAUGGACCAUCCAGCCCAACUCACAAGCUACCUGCCAGCUACGCUGGGGAUAAAUGGGGAAGUGAAAUGUUAUCGCGCAACUCUCCCCAGGACGCCAAAGAACAACUUAUUCAUCAAAUGGAUGAGCUGAAUGAUGAGUUGCUAAAGAAGAUCACAAACAAUAAAAUUCAGCCUCCCCAGAGGAAUUUCAAAGUGGAAAAGCCUCAGCAAGUUUUUGUGCCCCUCACCUUCGAAUCCAGCACUGAAGAAGUCAAAGCUUGGCUUGAGGCAAAGUCAUUCAGCAAAGAGACAGUGGAACACCUUGGCAUCCUUACUGGAGCUCAGCUCUUCUCCCUGAACAGAGAGGAGUUGAAGAAAGUGUGUGGUGAUGAGGGAAACAGAGUAUACAGUAAAAUCACAGUGGAGAAGAACCAACUGGAGAAAAGCAGAGGGGAGACAGAGCUCCAAGAAAUCAUGAAGCGUCGCCAGGAAAGGAUUGAUUCCGCUAAUUAAAAUCUAUCUGCUUUAUUUCAGCUAUUAGUCAUAGUAGUGCAGAAAAAGGGAAUGAAAGCAAUGAUCCCCACUCCAGACAAGAGACAGCAGUGCUCCACUUAGCGGUGUAAUUGCCAUCAAAGUGACAAUUUCUUGAACACUGUUGAUAAGGGUAGACAAUAAGACCAUGUCCCAUUGGGAAAGGUGUUUUAACACUGCAUGAAGUAUUUUUUUUUUUAUAACUAUAUAUUUUAUACUGAAAUUUUAUGUGCAUGCGAUCA